AGAUUCCAUGUGCGAUGUUGCGCCCUACUUAAUGUUGGAUUCAGCCGCGCAACAGGGCUCUGAGUUCCUCAGUAACGGGUUGAAGCCUAUGGCAGGUACAACAGCCACAGUUGCAAAGGUUGCUUCUUUCACAUUUGGGGAGGAGGAACAUCCAUUGGAAGAGUCAGUUAAUGCCAAUGGUAAACAGCGUUCAAGUGCACCAAAUGCGAAAGCAGGGCCUUCCAAGGUGGCUAGGACCACCGGGUUGGCCAAAGACUGAAGGCCACGUACAGUUGUCUGUUUUUAUUGUUUAUGUAUGUUCGUUUUGGUUCAACUCCUUGUAGUCAGGCUGUAUUGUUUUACAACAGCUUCGAUAAGAUAUGUAUCUGAACACCUCAAGCAAGGUUUGUGUCCCCUGCGGGGGCAACUAGUUAGAAGAUCGGUCGUUCAUAUUGCACGAAAAUUUGGCACGAGGCGGCAAAUUUCCACCCACGCCUUCGGUACUGCAAUCAGCUGUGAAUUCCGGUAUCCGGUUCUUGCGUAUAGUUGGUUGCAUCGUAGAACAAGUUCGAGGAGCCUAGAUAUGUGAUCAGGCUGCGGUCCCAGAAUUUCACGCUCGGGUAGAACGAGCAUCGAUGGUGGCAGUUCAGAUAUUUUAGCGCUGAGA